AUGAGGUCUUCUCGCGCCUCUCCAACAAGCCCCGAGCACAACCCGCGCAAACGUGCGAGAACAGCUUGUUCGCGCUGCAAAAGCCGCAAGCAAAGAUGUGACAAUGUGUAUCCUGUUUGCACGAACUGUCGGAAGGCGGGCGUCGAGUGUGACAAGUCCUCGCUGAGCCUGGAAAGUGAUAACAACUCGGGGUAUACAAACGCUCUAGAAGAGCGAAUUGCAUACCUGGAAGGCAAGCUCUCCGAAUUGUCAGGGCAUAAAAGUGCAGAUGAGGCCAUCUCCACCCCCGAUGCCAAUCGCAUUGGCCAUUCCAUCACUGCUGCUUCUCAGCGGCACACCCCAGAGAACCCUCAAUCAGGGAUAAGAAAUAAUACUUUAGGCGAAGUUGUCGGCUUCCUCUCCCUCGACUCCCCCGAAACGCCCGCUUAUCUUGGCUCCAGUUCAGGGCUAGCAUUAGCCGUGAACUUGGGUGAGAUGGUGCGAGCUACGGUCAUGACAAAAGUGUUUCCAGAUUCUUCAGUUCCAGCUUCAGCGACAACGAGAACGAACUUGGGCCAUGAUGGCAUUGGCACCAGCAAAAGCAGCGGGAAUACAUCCUACAAGGCCAUCAAUUUAGACGAGUUGCUGAAACACCGCGCUGAUCCUCCCAACAACGAAAUGGGGUCUCGCAUCAUGGAGGCCUACCUAGGCCGUAUACACAACAAAUACCCAUUCCUGGAUCGAGAGGAGUUAUGGAAACUCCACCAUGCUCGCUGGAAAUUGGCAAAAACCAAGUCUGAGGACUUGACCCAGACUGAGCGCUUUGGCAUAUUUAAGCUGUAUAUGGUGUAUGCCAUAGCUUCGAUGCUGAUUGCGCUCAGUGAGAGAUAUAUAUAUACGCCUCCUGAGAAAUUCUACAUGACCGCCAUCCAACACGUAGCAGCCGCUUGUGAAACAAGGUCUGUGCAAAACAUCGAAGCUAUGAUGCUUCUAGUAGUCUACCAUCUACGAUCUGCCACAAGUCAUGGGCUGUGGUACAUGAUAGGACUUGCGAUGCGAACAUGCAUCGAUCUGGGCCUCCAUCGCAAAAGCAGCGCCGCACGGCUCGAUCCAUACACAGUGCAACUUCGUCGACGCCUCUUUUGGUCCGUUUACUAUCUCGAACGAGCCAUUUCACUUUCCCUGGGACGGCCUUGCAGCAUUAGCGAUCGCCAUAUUGAUGUCGAGUUGCCUCUAGAUGUGAAUGAUGAUGUUCGUGAUGCUGCGAUACUAAAUGCGUUGCAACAGCAGCAACAGCAACAACCCACCCCAGUCACAAAUCUAUCCCUCUUCUGUGCUCUUCUACGAGCCAGACGAAUCGACUCAAAGAUCCAGCAAACCAUCUACCGCGCCGAUCGACCACUCCAAGAACUACGACCGAAACUCGACAAAAUCUACCGUCUACUCGAAGAGUGGAAAACGACAGAACUACAGCGCUUUGUAUUGAGUGAGUGGGACUAUGCGACGCUGCACUUCAACCGAGCCGUUCGACUACUAAUCCAACCCUUUCUACCUCUCCUACCCCUAACCGACCCUUACUAUCACAUUUGCCUGCGGGCAUCAGGUGACAUAUGCCAGACACACAAAAGACUGCACCAGACCCUGGAAUAUGGGCAUUCAUUCCUUGCUGUGCAGACUGUGUUUGUGUCCGGGAUCACCAUGCUCUACGCUCUUUGGACGAAUACGGAUAAGGUCUGGUCGGUUCGCUUGAGCAAUGACAUCCGGGCGUGCUCGACGGUGUUAUUUGUCAUGACGGAGCGCGCGCCGUGGGUGAAACGAUAUCGGGAUACAUUCGAGCUAAUGGUCAAUGCUGCCAUGGAGAAACUACAGGGCAACGAAGCAGCGCGAACAUCCGGGAUGGCAGGCAUGAUGGCUGCGCAGGGCUACACUACUGCCACUUCCAUUGAUAACAAUAAUAUCAGCCAACCACCUGGCGAAAAACGACCCUAUAAUUUGACAGCAUCAACGAAUAUAAUGACAGGCACGCCUACCCUGCCCACCGCUAUCGUGGGAUCUUUCCAACAAGACCCGAUUCUAUCAUCCUUGCAGCAACAACAACAACAACAAAUACCACAACCUAUACAGCAGCUACAGCACCCGACCCAAUUCGGCUUCGAUAUAUCAGAAGACGCCAUGCGGAUGGCCAUGGAGUUGGCGCCGUGGAUCGAUCAAGAACUGGGCGCUGAGGGCGUUACUACGACGCCUCUGUGGAUGCCGGAUUUUGAUACGCUGCAGAAUUUAACGAGUCCGUACCAGUACUGA